CACUGUCCGUUCAUCUUCAGUGGCCCGGGGUAAGCCAGGUCAGUUUCACAGAAGCGCGGGGGCAGGGGGCGUUGGUCAAUUUCCUGAGUACGGGGCAUCUGAGGUAGACAGAUCCUGAGGGAGAGUGAGUCACACACACACAGAGGGUGAACGUGACAGAAUAGACAGUGUGCGAGAUACAGUAACUGGUGAACAGGGGGACAGGAAGAGGCAGAGGAAAGGAAGAGGCAGCGUCAAUGUAUGAGAGCGACAAGCGACUUCCAAGGCAAAGCAGAGAAAGGGAGAGAGUCAUUGAGAGAGACAGUACGAGAGAGAGGAUAAGAGUGAUAGAGAGAGACAGUAAAAGUGAAAGAUACAGACAGGGGCGUUGAGAGAGAAACAGCGAUAGACUGGGAGAAGUAGAGAGAGGGACAGUGACAGUUAAAGAGAGGCGGAGAGAGACAGCGACAGACAAAGUAAGUUAAUGACACAAAGACAGACGGGCAAAUAAAGGGUGGGGGCGAGGGAGCGUUUGAAACAGGCAAACAGAUGGACGAACCUUGGAUGUAAAAAAAGGAGAUAAAUGUUGGGGAGGUAGGUGGGAAGAGGAGAUUGCCCCUGCUUCACUUCUCAGUCCGGGACGGGGAGAGCCGGAGCCUGGACUGAGGGCGGAGUCGGAUUGGAAAGGGAGUGUUCUGGUGCAGAACCUGGGAUGCGACUUCAAACUGAGACCAGUCGGGUCGGUGUGGACUCGUUGGGCUGAAGGGCCUGUUUCCACACUGUAGGGAAUCUAAUCAGAGUGACUGACCUGGAAGUGCUCCAUUUUCACACUUUGUUCAGAAGCUGGAGAGUAUGCAGCCCUCAGCAUUGAGCUCCAUCAGUUUGAGCUGAAAAGAUUGAAAAUUAAAUUGAUUUCAGAAUGCCUUGGUCCCAUUCAAUCUUUGCCCUGUAUGUAUUGACCUGCAUUGAUCCAACACAAACCUAUUGGCUCAAUGCGUCUGGACAAUGCAUGGACUGGGAUGUGAGCAAUGUCCCUGAAGUGAGGGCCUACGACGGGGAGCCAGCAAGGGUUAGCUGCCCCCUCUUCUCGACCCACGUCAAGUUAAACUACAGCACGGCCCGUGGUUCAGGACUGACACUAACGUGGUAUAAAAACAGACAAACUGAAGAGUUGAUUGACUUUGAUCAAGCAGGAAAUCGCAUCACCAAGGAGCAGGAAGUGCUGUGGUUUUGGCCAGUGUUUGCUAAUGAUUCUGGGAACUACACCUGCAUGUUCAGGAACACUACUUAUUGUCUCAAGGUGACUGUACCCCUUCUGGUCAUUCAGAAAGGACGGAAUGAUUGCAACAGCAGUAAGGAAAUGAUUUUCCCUGUGCAGUUCGCUCUCGGAGAAACAAAAUACUUGAGCUGUCCAGACACUACUGAAUUCUCCAAGUCUUCAACCAACUCAACAGUUGCCUGGUAUACUUAUAAGGCCCCUUCGGAGCACUACGAAGAGGAUCAGUGUCAGGGGUGUUGUAGAGUUGAGGAAGUGGUGGAGAUUGUAUCAGAGAUUGAAGGUAAAUUGGUAUUCCACGUUGUACGAGAAUACCACAGAGCAGAAUACACGUGUGUCGUAACAAUGAAACAAAGAGAACAGCCUUACACUCUGACCAGAACAGUCAGCAUCUCGAUUUGUGCUAGCCAACAGGAAUUGAAGGCACCGGUUUUAGUUUUGCCAAAAGUCAAUCAACAAGUUAUAGUUGAACACGGUCAGGAAGUAAAUUUAACCUGUAGGAUGUAUUUCCAUUGUAUCCAAAAUUCACCCACAACUCUCUGGUGGACUGUCGCUGGGCAACAUGCAGAGGAUCUAGCUCCUGCAAUAAAAUUAUUUCAGAGUGAAGAGUUGUUGCAACUUGAGGACAAAAUCAUUACAAAAACAAUAAGCUUCAAAACUGUGACCUCGAGUGACCUCCAGAGGAACUACACCUGCUUUGGGCAAAACCGCAAAGGCCUGACCAGUGUACAAGUGACUUUAGCCUGGAAAGCUCCUAGUUAUGCAACUGAACUUGGAUGUGCCUUUGGAGUUACACUAUCGAUCCUGGUCACUUCCAUCAUUGUCUACCACUUCUGGUGGAUUGAGAUCGUGUUGCUUUACCGACUGUACUUUGGUGCCGAUGAGACAGUGGGAGACGGGAAGGAGUUCGAUGUCUACAUGUCAUACGCGAGGAAUUCCAAAGAGGAGGAGUUUGUGCUCACCACGCUGCAAUCCGUCUUGGAAAACGAAUACGGAUAUAAAAUCUGCAUCUAUGACCGGGAUAGUUUACCUGGUGGGAUCAUUACAGAUGAGACAUUGGCUUGUAUUUGGAAAAGCAGGAGGCUGUUGGUGGUAUUGAGCCCGAAUUACCUAGUGAAUGGGACACAGGCUCUUUUAGAGCUGAAGGCUGGCACUGAACGCAUGGCCAGCACUGGGCAGAUCCGAGUUAUACUGGUGGAGUUCAGCCCAGUGAAGAAAGUCCACCAUGUGCCAGAGCUGAGGAGGCUGAAGGCGGUGACGGCAACCAUCAAGUGGGAAGGGGAGAAGUCCCAAGAUCCCAGGAGCCGAUUUUGGAAGCAGCUCCGGGUCGCCCUUCCCACAAAAAGCAAAACACAGAGGUCCGAGAGAGAGAGCAGGAGGUUAGUGUAUGACAAUUGUGACUCACUCCUACAAGAUGGAAAAUUGCCCAGAUAUUCUGUUUCUGAGAACUGACGAUUGCAAUUGCCAACAAAUGUCUUCAUGAUUAAAGAGCAAACUAUGACUUAACAGUUGUUGAAUACUCUACAAAGGAAGAAGUCAAAUCCUCAAUAUGUUAAAUAUUAACUUAUUGUUUAACAAUAAAAUUCUUCCUGUAGACAAUGCUCCUUUCCAAAGAUUCUGAAAAGGUUCAAAUCAGGGGAGCAGUAAAAGGAGUAAAGUCGCAGAUCAAAUCUUCAAACUGUCGUCAUACCCUUUGUGAUGUACAACGUACUGGUGGCAGUAGAGUGAGGAGGUGGAAAUGUCCAGUGCAUAUUUCAUUCUAAUCUUCUCCUGUCUCAGUGAAACUAUGUCUUACCAAUCACUGCCAAGACCACUGCCCCUUUGCAGCAUUAUCCAAGAAGUUUAACUUCUAAAGGACAUUUGGUCUCAUGCUCCCUGAAUUUUCAAUUCUGUGUCCUCACUUCCACAACCUUCGCCAGUCUCUAGGUAGACCAGUACCCCCUGGCAUUUGUUUUCUGUCCAAUCACAGUUGGCUGGUGGAAAUUCAACUCGCCAAUUUGAUUUCCGAACUAUGCCUCUUCACACUGACUAUUAAAUUAAUUCAAUUCCGGAACCAUCUCAGACGGAAAUGACCUUCACAUUCCACUAAAAUGUGGCUAUCGGGAGUGUUCUUUCCUUUACCUGACUUGACAGCGUGGAGCUCUAGUACAGACUUGAGGGAUGCAUCAGAGAAACCCUCCCCUUCCUGCGUUCCAGUUGAUGUUCCUGAUCUAUCUGGUGUGGCUUCCAGGCCAGUUCAGGCAUGACCUGAAGACCAGCAAAAGAACAGAGGCAGAGGGAUGCAAAUUAUGCUUUCUCAUCAUAAGCUAUUGACCUGUUUUCCCCCGGAAUUGUCCCUCAGGUUUGUGUGUGUCUGUCUCUGUGGACAAUUCACUGUAUUUUGGUAUUGGCUGCUGAAAGAGAUCAGAAUCAAUACGUGCCCUUUCUUCAUGGAUACCGAGAAGGACAAAUGGCAAUAGUUGGAUUCGUUAGUCAAAGGUCAGUUAUGGUUACAUUCCUGAAUCUCUAACUCGACACAUGGAGUGGACAAAGUCAGAAGUCACAUAAUGACAACAGGUUAUUGUCCAAACAGGUUUAUUUGAAAUCACAAACUUCUGACUUCAAUACAUCACAGUGUAAUUAUUUUUUUAAAUGGUUGGCGAUUCAGAAUUUCUGACUGAAUUGCCAAUCUACUGAAGAUUUUUAACAUUUUCUAAUAUCAAGCAGCUUCUAUGAGUUCUAAAGUUCAAGAAGUGAUCUUCAUCAGCUUGGUUGGGGGUGGGUGAGACUAUAGCUGGGAAAUGUGUAUUAGAGGCAGGUGAGCCAAUUGCUUUAAAUCGAAAUGGUGGAACAGACAUUAAACUUCUUGACUUUAAAUGGGCCACCAAGUAAGAAUCUUUCCACUUGAUGGCAGAAAACCGGAGAUGGUGUUGAAGGAACCCAAAAUAAAGCUGGUUGAAUUGGCAGCUUUCUUGAGGAACUGCUAGAGAUCAAACUGAUGGCGUUACAGUGAUUGAAUAAUCAAAAAGACAGGUGAACACAUUAGAUUUUGCCUAUUUCUGGCAGACAAUCUGCUGGUGGGACUAAGUAGGGCCACUUUAUCAUUGAGCUGCUCAAGAUCAAAUUCAAAUUAUUGAUGAAUAAGAUUAAUAUUUACAGUAGUAACUGGGACAGGGUGGCAUACAGUCAAGAUAGAGGAGUACAGUUGCUAUAGUCUCACUCCUCUGGGUUAUAGUAUGAAAUAAAAAUACCUUUCCAUAUUAUAAAAAUGGACAAUUAAAAUGAUUAGUUGGCAGAGAAGAUACUUAUGAAUAAGACACAAUUAUUGGUUAUACUACCAAAGCCAAUGUUAUGGAGAGAUGACUGGUGGUGGUUUAACCUGAGGGUCAUCAUGCCUCAAGUGAGAGAAGAGGUUGGAGUGGAGAGUAACCUCAGCCAUUACAGGAAUUGAACCCAUGCCUUUGCAUCACUCUGCAUCAUAAACAGCCACCUGAGCUAACCGAUUUCCCCCACAGCUAUUCAACAAAGGUGCUGAGUCAGUAAUCUAGAAGUACGCAUCCCUUUAAAUAGCCCCAAAAUACAAACUCUUCAUGAAAGGAAGGAAAAAAAAAUGCCUUUCUCUUGCAGAGAUUGACUGUUGGAAAGAAAAGUGAUUUGGCCCAUGGAUUAUUCUUGAAAGAGAAUAGAUAAAACGUAGUGUCACAAAAUCUAAUGCUGUGCUGUUCUUGUUGAUGCAGCUGAGUCAUUAAUCAUAUACACAGCUAUCUCUGCAGUUCUUCAGAUAAAGCCUGCUCAGAAAAUACUGAAUGGAAAAAUCCUUCCAAUUACUCUUUCCGAACAGCAAAUAGGUCUCCCCCUGAACUCAACAGGAAUUUUUACUUUUCAGAAAUGGGAACAAUCAGUGAGCAGUCCUUCCUCGCUGUCUUCACUACCCCAGAUAGUUCCAUUACCAAGGUACUCUGCAUCCAACAGCAGCAACAGCAAGGUGUAUAGGAAAGCGAGCUAUUCUCAUCAGCCAUGUGAACUUGAGGAAGCCUUGUUUUUUUAAAAAAAAAUCUAAUGUUCACAGUGAACUUUCCAUAACCUCUUUUAAAAAUGCCACAAAAAUGGUUUCACUCUGGGUUUUGUCACAAAGCUUAAUGAAUUCAUUUUUACACAAUCCUUCACAAAAUUAAAUACUGCAAGAAAUAUUCAACAAGGAGCAGCCUGA